AUGUACAAAUCGAAAUCGGCAAACAUGUUAGGAACAUCUCACAAUUCCAAUGGUUCUUCGUCCAGUACGAAGGCUUAUCCCUCUCCGUUCUCGCUAUCUUCACUUGCUGUUGAUAUUUCUCCACAUCAUUCAUCUACUUUAACAAUGAGUGGUACUCCAGAGUGGUUAUCUUCAUCGGUCAUACCAAUGACUUCGCCUACUCUUUAUGAAUCAACUUUGGAGCAACAUGAAACAGUUAUGAAGAUUUUCAAUCAAAAGCAACAUCACGAUGAGGACGAGCCUCAAUGGUUAACGAAUAAUCACCACUAUUCCGAUCACGAAGAUGAAGAAUUCUUUGCUGUUGGAGAUUUACAAUCAAUUGUAGAUAAUAAUGGUAAUAAUAAUACUAACAAUAACACACAUCCAUUUGUUGUUCCUUCCAUGGAUUCGCAUCACGAAAAUCAACCAUCAACGGCAAACUCUAUCCUGGAUGAUUCUACCGCUCAUCACCAUCAUCAUCAUAGCCUCGAACAACAAUACGUACUUUAUUCCGAAGAAUAUGAUGAAGGAGUUUUACUCUCGGAAAGUCAUCUCUUUCGCCAAAUGGUUCAACCAACAGCAGAGAAACGGCGCAUAGGAAUUAACAAUAUCGUUCAAUUGGUCAUUAAGCAUGCUAAACUGUGGAAAGAAUUGAAUUAUAACAAUGAUGCCUCUACGAGUAGUAAUAGUACUAACAAUAAUGAGGAACUCUACCCAUCAAAGUUUUUUGAACGUUAUUCAGGCCUCAUAUCUAGAUUUGCCUAUGAAUGUCCAUUUGAAGACGUUUCUUCUGCAUUCAUAAAAUUAAUAGACGAUUUAGAAAGAGACUAUGGAAUCAAAUGUAUUCAGAAGGCAGAUAAGCACAAUGGAUUUCUUCGAGCAGUGUCACAUUUCUUUUCUCCCACCAUUUUCAAACCUAUUUUCAAAUUAGCAAGCUCUUCUGAUACUCAUCACUUUAUUCAAAACACAAAGGAACAUUUCAAAAACAUUUUUAUUGAAAACGGGCUGGUACCACAUGUAUCCCAAGUAUUAUUUGCACAUCCUUCUUUUGCAGAAAUUUAUUACAAAACCUAUAAUUUCGUGAUGAAAUCAAAUGGUCCACUCCCUCUCGAUUGGAGGUGUUAUAUUGCAAUAUUUGCUGCUUCAAGACACAAUUGUAAAUAUUUAGUGCGAAGACUGGAGGCGGAAUUUUUACUUUACGGAGGGGACAGCAAGUGGCUACAAGGUAUUGAAUUUAUUCCAUCAAAGUUAAAAAAGCUUGUCAAGUUGAAUUCGAUACUUUGUCAUAUGCCUUGGAUGGUCACGGAGGAACACAUAUCUGAGCUAGUGAGUAAUAAGGGUGUUGAUGAUUCUGGAUGGACCAUUGCAGAGCUAGUUCAUGCUAUCACAAUAAUGUGUCAUUUCUUUUCACUACCAGGAUUAAUUUUUGGAACAGGUAUACUACCUGAUGACGACACUACUCCUGUAUCAGACAUCCAGCACUCAAUUAUGGAUAAUGAAGAAGUGAGGAAGAGACAGAAGAAUGAAACUCAAAAAUUGGUUGAGACUUUAACCAAACAUGAUACUGAUGAUGACACACCAGUUGACAAAAAUCAAAGAAAUAAGGCCUUUGAAAGCACAGAAUCUGAGUUUGUAGACUCGACGUCGAAACCUAUUGUACCAACUCAUCUAUACAACAAUUUGAAUAACUUUGAUUGCUUUUCGAGGCCACACUUUGCCUCAAUGACUUUCUGGGAAGCUCAACAUUAUCAAUCUCAAAACAAUGAAAGAUCAAAGUCACUAAGUACGGAAGGACUAAUUCCGGAAUCAUCGAUUCAUGUGCCUUUAGUUAACUCUGCUUCCACAGUCAAGAAAAGUGCAACAAACAGACAACAUUUAAUCAAGACGAAAAAGUACAAAUACAACAAGUAUGACUUUACCUACAAAGAUUUUGAUGUUAAAAGUAAGAUGUACGAAACUGCAUCAAUCUAUGACUUUAACUGGGAAGAAAAUGCUUAUUCGAUAAUUAGUAGAUUCUACCAUGGAGCAGCUGAUUUACUGGAUGCAGAAUUUGAAUUCAUCUAUAAUAUGACAGAUAACAGAUGUGACGACAUUAAGGAUAUAGAUACUUCAGCAUUUCGAGCAGCCAUAUGGUGCUAUGUGCAUAGACUUUAUGGCGUCUCUCACGACGAUUUUAACUAUGAAAAAGUUAACAAGCUGUUGAAUAUUGACCUUAAAAAAUACAUCAAAACAAUAGUAUGCUAUCCAGAGAGAUGUACAAAAGAACAAUUUAUUGAUAUGGGUGUAAAAUUACGAACAAAGGAAAAGAUUCACAUAUGCUUACUUGCUAUGGAAGCAAGAAAACAGGUGGGAUUAAUUUAUGGUUUGAAAGCCAUCAACAAUUACAUGCAAUAG